CUAUUACCAUAGCCAAAAUUGUGUUGGCAUGAUAAAAGAUUUAAAAACAUUUUUUUUCAUUUAAAACAUUUUUUAUUGCGACUUUACAAGAUUGUGCUGUAUUGAGAGGUUAUAUAAGAUGUCUGAUUUUCGUGUGUUGUCAAUUCAAAGCCAUGUAGUUCAUGGAUAUGUGGGCAAUAAGUCUGCAACAUUCCCUCUUCAGGUAAAAAAUAUUUUGAUGAUUUAUCGUGAUUUAUAGUUUGUAGGUCUUUAGAAAUAAUGUAAUUGCUAUGUUAUACAAGUUGUGUAUAGGGUGAAUAUGAUUGUAUUUUAAGGGUAAAUGCAUGUGGUAUUUAAAUAUGUUUGUGAAGCAUCUGUAUAGAUAAGGUGUAGCAUAAACACUGCUAAAAAGGCUGGCUCGAUCAGUUGCCAGGAUGAAAGUUCGAAAUGGUAGUGUUGUGUGAUAUCAUUAUAAACUGUGAAAACAACCAAAUUGCUAUGACAAGCAAAAAUUGCCUCAUAAAAAAGGUCAAACUUCAUUCUCUUGCUAUAAUCUCCAGAUCAAAGCAUAUUGAUUAUCUUUUGUAAUCAUAAGGUUCAUGGUUUUGAAGUCGAUGCUAUAAAUUCAGUCCAGUUCUCAAAUCAUACAGGUAGAUAAUGUAAAUAUUAAAGUGAUUUAAAAAAUAUUUCACAAUUUAAGUAUGGUUGCAUGUAUGAUCGCCAACAUGAUCUAUUCUUAUAUUGCUAGGGUAUGGUCAUUGGAAAGGACAAGUAUUAAACUCUAAUGAACUCACAGAUCUUUAUGAAGGCCUCAAACUAAACCAAAUAAAUAAUUACACUCAUUUACUAACUGGUAAGAAAAUGUCCCUAGAUUAUUAGAUUUGCAUGGCGAUAAUUAUUGUUUUAAGUUAUUAGUAUGUUUGCAUGGCGAUAAAACAUAUAAUAGUUUUGUUUGUGGAAACACCACAUAAAUUUAUUACUUACUUAUGGGCUUACAGAUCAAAAGCUUUGCAGCAAUAAAUUUAUGUGGUGUUUCCACAAACAAAACUAUUAUAAUUAUUGUUUUGUUUUGUGAAAAAUCGGAUGUUUAUUUAGAUUUGCAUGGUGAUAAUUAUUGUUUUAAGUUAUUUGUAUGUUUGCAUGGCGAUAAAACAUAUAAUAGUUUUGUUUGUGGAAACACCACGUAAAUUUAUUACUUACUUAUGGGCUUACAGAUCAAAAGCUUUGCAGCAAUAAAUUUAUGUGGUGUUUCCACAAACAAAACUAUUAUAAUUAUUGUUUUGUUUUGUGAAAAAUCGGAUAUUUAUUUAGAUUUGCAUGGCGAUAAUUAUUGUUUUAAGUUAUUUGUAUGUUUGCAUGGCGAUAAAACAUAUAAUAGUUUUGUUUGUGGAAACACCACGUAAAUUUAUUACUUAUGGGCUUACAGAUCAAAAGCUUUGCAGCAAUAAAUUUAUGUGGUGUUUCCACAAACAAAACUAUUAUAAUUAUUGUUUUGUUUUGACCAGAUAUUUUACGCUUUACAGCUUCGCACGAUAAUUUUACCUAACGCGUUUGCAAAGUCCAAACAAUUUUGCCCGUCAUUGGGCGAGUGGUUUAAUUUGUAUUUUUGAACAUUAUUUUGUACAUGAUUACGCAUAGUUAAAAGUGUAUAAUUAAUUAAAAGCAUUCAUGGUCCUGGACGUUCUAAACUUGAACUUAACGAGGGACCGUCCGAUAUUCAGGCUAUAGGAUGUUCUCUGAGGCAUGAAUGAUGAAAUGUUACGAAAAAGUAACAGUAUAAACUCUGCGUUACAUGCUUCUACAUCACUAGAUAUAUUUUUAGCUAAACAUUUCAAAAAAGUAUUGCCUAUUGGUCUUAACACGUUAAAUACUAUACCUACCAAACAAUAUUUACUAUUACUACCAUGCAACAAGCUACAGCUAUUAUUUUAGAAAUUUAGAAUUAGUAUGAAAAAGUUGCAGUUACAUCUUGCGAAAAGUAACAAGAUAUCAGUAUCUUUACUACAAUUAAAAGUAACAAUUACAUUUGUAUUACAAGUUAAUUACUGACACGUGUAACAAUAUCCAGUUAAAUUUUGCAAAAACAAGUUGCAAUAUGUUCUUCACGUGUGCAGGUAAUUAAUCUAUACAAAUGGGUACUGUGACAUUAUUAAAUUGAGAUUUUUAAUCAUAACGAAUACUUGGAUCAAUAGAAGGAGUAGUAGAUCUCGAAGUAAGAGCAGCUAUACUAGCGGUUCAUGUUCAGUACCUCUUAAUUCUUGCCUGCAGCCAUUUCUUGCUGCUACAAUAUCACUAUAUGUAUGAAUCAAGACAUAUAUCUUAAAAUCAAUUGCCAAAGGUAAAGCGUAGAGUUGUAACGGUUCUCUAUUAGAAUUGCCAUGUUCAAAUGUUUCUUCGAUAAGCUCUAAGGACACCAAUGCCAGUACAUUCCAGAACAUCACAUACAGGUAAAACCAGCACCUUUUUAAAACAUAAGUACUAUUUUUAGGGCUUGAUAAAGAGGGGCCUUGAUGGAGAGAGGGAGGGUUAUAGAGAGCUGGUUAAUAGAGAGGGUUAUUAAUAGAGAGGGGGGUUAAUAGAGAGCGGGUUAAUAGAGAGGGUUAUUAAUAGAGAGGGAGGGUUAAUAGAGAGGGGGAUAAAUAGAGAGGGUGUUAAUAGAAGGGGGUUAAUUAAUAGAGAAAGGGCCUAAUAGGGAGGAGGUUUAAUAGAGAGGGAUGCUUAAUAGAGAGAGCUAGGGUUUAGUAAAGUGAGGGUUUAUUGGAGAGGGGGCUUAAUGACAAGCUGGGCUUAUUGAUUUGAUAUGAAACACUGCAAACUAAUGUGAUGUUCCAGGCCAAUUAAUAAAUGUAAUACUGUACUAUACACAUGUUUCUCAGUUGUUUAAGGUGAAGCCUCUUAGAAAGGGGGGCCUAUUUGUAAAUAAACAGAGAACAACACAUGGGUGCGCGGAAACACCAGACCUAUUUCGAGUGUUGAACAUGAUAUCUCACGAGUGAGCGCAGCGAGCGAGUGAGAUAUCAUAUUCAACACGAGAAAUAAAUCUGGCAUUUCCAAGCACCCAUGUAUUUUUACAAAAUUCAAUAAAAAGCAAUAAAACGUCCGUGGCAAUGGGUUUUACAGCAAAUGAUACUUUCACACGUAAAAAUAUCGUAUUUUUUUACGUGUUUAAAUACGAUUUUUCUUAGUGGCCAAAAACUCUAUAUAACACUUAUGUUUAUAUAAUAAAAUACCUUAAUUUUCUAUCUUCAUGACUCAUCCAGAACAUGAAUACUGUGAGACUCAUACAUGCAAGACCUUUGCAACCCUCUCGAACAGGCAUCAAUGUAUCCACCUCUUCUAUACCAUUAAAUGUGAUCUUCAUUGUCAUUAAAAAGUGAUAACUCACUGCAGAUAUUGAAUAAAACAAUAGGAUCUUUAAAUGACCAACUUUUUCACCAGCCACAUAUGAAGCUAUGUCUUCAAACAUUUUCACACUGCGAUGUUGGACUUCAUUCACCAGAUUAUUUUGUUGGCUAUCAUGGUUAUCUUGUGUUUGGAGCAUGCCAACUAUGAGGACUUGACUAUUGCCUUGUUGGGUUGUUUUUAAAGUUAUACAGACUAUUGUUAGAAGAAUGCCAAUAAUUGCAGCUGUAGCAGCAAUGUGACUGUCGGUCAUCUUUGUCCUGUAGUGGCAAAAUAAUGAGGUUAAUGGAUACCUUUGCAUAAUAUACCCGGCAAUAGUACCAACCAAUAAUAUACCCAGCAAUAUUACCAACCAAUGAAUGAAAUUUUCAAAUAUUGUUUUGAAAAUCCCACUGUUCUCCAUCCAGUUACCCACUCACUACAGUAGUGAAUCUAUACCCAGGUUUUUCAGUGGUGUAUGUACCAUCAUUGAGAGGGUCUACCAGGGGUUUUGAGGGCAUGAGAACAAGAAAACAUUGAAACAAAGCCAAACAUCACAGGGAAGAUUAAGGGAACAUGGUGAAAUCUUUUGAGGGGAACAAAGGAAAAAUUUCACAAAGAGAACUUGGGAACACAGACCCAAUCUCACACCUAGAGCCAAUGAAUAAGGUUCCAGGUAGUCCCUCGUCAUUGCAAAUGUAUUGAACCGUAGAUCCCACAAAAUGUUUUAUGCCAACUUCAUUUUUUGUGGAGGUGACAUGGGAGGAGACUCUUAAGGGGAAUGGGAUGCAUUUGCAGUUUCCUACCUGACAAGAAAUGAUCCACCAGCCAUUGAGACAAACACAACAAACAUAAUAAACCCCACACACUUUCCUUUGGUUGAGUCUGUUUCAACAGUGGUCUAAAAUUAUGCCAGAAAGCACUUAAUUAAUCAAUUGACGAUUUGCGUAAUAGAAUAAAUUUUGAUCUAGACAAGGCUAGACAAAAAUUUCAUCACAGCUUGAAAGAGCAUCGCAAAAUUAGUAAUAUUCCAAAGUUUCGUUGCGAAAUGUUGUAAAAUGCGGAAAAUAUAGCCUUGCGAAGUUUGCAAUUUUCAGUCAUUUUAGAUUACAAAUGGGAAAUUGACAGCCUCGAAGGGUUUGGGGCUGUCAAUUUCCCAUUCGUAAUCUAAAAUGACUGAAAAUUGCAAACUUCGCAAAGCUAUAUUUUCCACAUUUUACAACAUUUCGCAACGAAACUUUGGAAUAUUACUAAUUUUGUGAUGCUCUUUCAAGCUGUGAUGACAUUUUUGUUGAGAUCAAAAUUUAGUCUAUUACGCAAAUGGUCAAUUAGAAUGAAUUGUAAUUGAUAAUUAAUGGAAUAAUUCAAAUUAAUCAAAAGGGUACAACAUACAUUGCCUCCCACAUUUUGAUUAUCAAGGUUCUCAUACUCUUGCUGUGCUAACAACUCCUUAUCUUCUUCGUAAAAUUUAUAGAACAAUUGCACAGACUCAACAUGGUAUGCUAAUGUUGACGCUCUAUUUGCAGUGUAUAUGAUCCUUUCAACAGAUCCACUCAGUAGCUCUUCCAUCUUGUCACUAGUCAAGUCAACAAGGAUUCUAACCCCAGCGACAUUCAAGACCCACAUGUAACAGUUCAUGAACGCCAUGAUAAUUAAAAAGGAUUUGCGUGUUAUCAUCCAACUCGGUCCUUCACAUCUGGAACGAGUGUUCUUUUCAUAUUCACGGAGACACCAAACUACAGAAAAUCGCAAAGCCAAAGGGAGUUUAUAGGAGGGUCUUAAUGGGGGUCUUUGGGUGUCAGUUGUCAGCUAAAAUUUAAGCCAGUUGUCAGUACGAUAUUUUGCAAGCUGUCAGUAGUCAGUUACUGCAAAAUGCUGACUCAUCAUUUUCUCAUCAUGCCUCAGUUGUCAGUUAGGAUAUUUUGUCAGUUGUCAGUCAAAAAUUCAGGCAAAUAUCAGUAGUCAGUUAACCCCAUUCAGACCCUCUUAUAGCUCAACACUUGUCAUUCUGACAGCUGUUACACAAAAUCGUUUUUUGAUCAUGAAGCAAAGGCUUAUUAACAAUUACAUGAAUAGGUUAUAUCAGACUGAGCGGACUGGCAGAAGAGUUCCAGUGCCCAGAUUUUUGUGCCUAGCACGAGUUGUCCCUUUUCCUGCUGAAACCAGAAGUUGUUUGAAGCUAAAUCCUGGUUCACAUAUAUGCCGGCGACGUGCCGGCGACGAUGCCGAUGGUAGCUUUAAAACGUAAAUUGUGUCAGUGAACAUUUGUUCGCUGAUUGCCUCCAGUGCCACAGUUACAUCGGCGGUAGGCCGGGAAAGUUGACUUGAGCUCAAUUUUGCCGGUAUUUUGGCAGCAAGUAGAGGCAUCAUGAUACAGUCGCAGGCACAUGCGAACCAGGCUUAACGAGUGCGUUAUAUCAUUUCAUGACAGUUGUAGAAGAAUGAAUUUGCUGGAAAAUAUUUCAAUGUAAAUGAGUGAUGCGUGAGAAGGAUUUAAAAACGAGAAACACUUUUAAGACCUAGUUGGUUUUAUACCAUUCACUAGAAUGUAGUAAUGAAUGGAUUUUAGAGAUUUGGGAGCUACAACGGGUAUUUUGCUUCACACAUCGAAAUAUAAUAUUGCCGAUUUAUUAAUACUUGCGACAAUAUGGCGCAGCACUAUGAAUUCACGCCUUGACUUGAUCGUCUAUCUUUUGCGAUUUUUCCUCACAUGUUGCGCUAAAGCCUUCAAAAUACAUUUUUUGAAUGCGUAAUGUUCUGAAGAAUGAAAUUCAUUAACAAGUUUAUUGCGUAGAAAGAAACUGAGUACUGAUUCGACAUUUUAUUCGCCAGACACCCGAUCUAUUUUCAUAUCUGAAUGUUGUAACAGCGAAUCUGAAACUCUAAAGCUGACCGUUAAAACCUGUGGGCAACAGAAACAAAUUGUCAUUAUUUUCUGAUAAUUAUCUAUAUUUAUCAUUCUAUCAGACCUACAACCAUUACUCACUCUGAAAAGUUGUUUGACCAAGCAGCGCCAUAUGGUAGACAGCAAUCGCCAACCAAUAAGAUAUGUCAGGGUUGCGUUCAGCCAGUGCAUGAGAUCGAAAGUGAAACAAUCCUACCAAUCGCAAGAUUGUUUCAAUGCUUGUCAAAAUCCAGGAAAGCUGUGCCACCUUGAAAGAUGCCGUGCGUUUUCUAAUGCGCAAAUUUCGCCGAACUUUUCUCCUUGCGCGAAAUAUCAGAAUAUAAAGCACGACAAAUGAUGUUAACAACAUAAUGGAACUGGCUAUAAUUAAUGGUACCACCAAAUCAUUAGUUUGGACUCCUUGCUGUUCAUUUUCUGUACAAUUCCCUACAUGUUGCGUAGUUUCAUCGUUCUCGGUGAGUAGGUAUGAUAUCGUCAGAAUAAAAUUUGAAAAAAUAAUUAAUAUAAACGCUAUUUGAAGCACACCAUACCGCACAAAUGGCACUGAAUUAGAUGGCAUAUUGUUCAAAUAAAAACUAUCCUGUCUUUAAUGUUGAAAUUAUAUUUUCCAAAGUUAAUAUCUUAAAACGCAAUAAAAACGCCAUCCAAGAACAUUUUAAGCCUUCGCAUUUGACAUCUACUAUACAUUUCUCAGAAAACGCGAUUCUUCUAAGGCAGCUUUGGAAGGUCUUGGAAUCAAUCUAUUUGGAAUACAACACUUCCGGGUACGAUAUUUUCGUGAGUUACAAAGUCUCGGUUUUUUCGACUUCCGUUUUGAUUCCAUUUUACUGUAACUUGAAAAGGAAUCGAAAAUGAAACUUGAAAUUUUUCUGCCAAAUUGAUACCAUAGUCGUAUAAAAUUCGAAUUUUUUUUGUGUAAUAGUAGAAAUUAUCUGAAGUUUUGCGCGCAUUGAAUAUUUAGUUUUUUUCAAGAAAAUUUCUGUGAAUAAAUGCAAAAAAAUGUUAUUAAAUCCUUUAUCAUGCCAACACAAUUUUGGCUAUGGUAAUAGUAUAUAUGGUGGUUAAAGUUCAACAAUGAGUUCGCGCGUUAUGGCGGGAAUACUAGCGGAAGUUGCGGGCAUUUGCGGGUUGAACUUUAACCACCAUAUCUAUUACCAUAGCCAAAAUCGUGUUGGCAUGAUAAAAGAUUUAAAAACAUUUUUUUUUCAUUUAAAACAUUUUUUAUUGCGACUUUACAAGAUUGUGCUGUAUUGAGAGGUUAUAUAAGAUGUCUGAUUUUCGUGUGUUGUCAAUUCAAAGCCAUGUAGUUCAUGGAUAUGUGGGCAAUAAGUCUGCAACAUUCCCUCUUCAGGUAAAUAUUUUGAUGAUUUAUCGUGAUUUAUAGUUUGUAGGUCUUUAGAAAUAAUGUAAUUGCUGUGUUAUACAAGUUGUGUAUAGGGUGAAUAUGAUUGUAUUUUAAGGGUAAAUGCAUGUGGUAUUUAAAUAUGUUUGUGAAGCAUCUGUAUAGAUAAGGUGUAGCAUAAACACUGCUAAAAAGGCUGGCUCGAUCAGUUGCCAGGAUGAAAGUUCGAAAUGGUAGUGUUGUGUGAUAUCAUUAUAAACUGUGAAAACAACCAAAUUGCUAUGACAAGCAAAAAUUGCCUCAUAAAAAAGGUCAAACUUCAUUCUCUUGCUAUAAUCUCCAGAUCAAAGCAUAUUGAUUAUCUUUUGUAAUCAUAAGGUUCAUGGUUUUGAAGUCGAUGCUAUAAAUUCAGUCCAGUUCUCAAAUCAUACAGGUAGAUAAUGUAAAUAUUAAAGUGAUUUAAAAAAUAUUUCACAAUUUAAGUAUGGUUGCAUGUAUGAUCGCCAACAUGAUCUAUUCUUAUAUUGCUAGGGUAUGGUCAUUGGAAAGGACAAGUAUUAAACUCUAAUGAACUCACAGAUCUUUAUGAAGGCCUCAAACUAAACCAAAUAAAUAAUUACACUCAUUUACUAACUGGUAAGAAAAUGUCCCUAGAUUAUUAGAUUUGCAUGGCGAUAAUUAUUGUUUUAAGUUAUUAGUAUGUUUGCAUGGCGAUAAAACAUAUAAUAGUUUUGUUUGUGGAAACACCACGUAAAUUUAUUACUUACUUAUGGGCUUACGGAUCAAAAGCUUUGCAGCAAUAAAUUUACGUGGUGUUUCCACAAACAAAACUAUUAUAAUUGUUUUGUUUUGUGAAAAAUCGGAUGUUUAUUAUCGGGCAACAUUUUGAUAUUAAAACUAUUUUUCAGGGUACGUUGGUUCAGAGUCAUUUCUUGAAGAAGUUGUCAAUGUUUUGUCAGAUUUAAAAAAAGUCAAUCCUAAUUUAGUAUUUGGUAUGGAAUAUAUAUGCAGUAUUUCAUUCAGUGUUUAUGCAUGUCAUAUGGAUUCUUUCUCUAACUUUAUUCAAUCUUUGCAGUUUGUGAUCCAGUCAUGGGAGAUAAUGGAAAGUUUGUAAGUUUUGCCAGCAACAAUUGCCAGUUUUGCCAGCAACAACAACAGCUCAAUUUAUAUUUAGCAACAGAUUAUUUGUCAAGAAGAGCUACUGUAUAACACUGGCAAGUUAAUCUGUCCAGAUGAAAUACACAAAUAGUUCUUCGAUGUUAAUUUGCCUAUCCCUGGUUGCAGAGAUUUCUGGUGUCAGGCAAGUUCGAAGGCAUGAUGGGUGGAGGCACAGAUGAUAGAUUAUACCAGAUGUAUCACUCUAUACCUAUGAUUUUCGUGAGGCUAUCACACCAGAUGACAUGUGCGACACUUACUGCCAAAAUGGCGCUUAAUGCCAAAAUGUGUGAUUGCUCAUGUUUCAUGGCGUGGAUUACACUUACUGCUAAAAUGGCGGCCAACACGUGCUCAUAAAAAAUCGCGUACACAAUUUUGGCUGAGGGAGACAUCUGGUAUUAUCUAUCAUCUGUGGUGGAGGUGACAAGGCAAGAAUAUGCAGUUCCCAAGCCUGGCCACUCCGUGCCUGAGUGCAGGCUACAGUUUCAGUGAAAAUUAUAGGAAAUUAUCUAAAUUUGUGCUGACAAACAAUCUGUCUCUGGUACAAAUCAGGAAAAUUUCACAGAUGUGGUUCUUGUCCAGCAUUUUUAAUCAAAAUGUAUACUAUUAUUUUAGUAUGUGCCAGAAUCGUUGUUACCUGUAUAUCGUGAUAAACUACUGCCAUUGGCCUAUAUUAUAACACCAAACCAGUUUGAGGCUGAGUAAGUAGUUUUCAUUCAACCAUUGUGUGAAUUGAACCUAUUUUUUAUUGGAUUAUAUUUUGUCCUUAAUCUAGCUGCUAAUACAUAUUUUAUUUAGAUUGCUGAGUGGAAUGAAAAUAAAUUCUGAGCAAAAUGCAUUUGAGGUACACUAAAGGAAAUGAAUCUAAAAAUCCAGUUGGUGUGGCCCUGUGCUGCCCCAAGGCUAGUUCUCCCACCAUUGGUAUGUACAGCCUUGUAUUUAUUCAGUUUUUUCACUUAUUCCGCAGGCAAUGGAUAUACUCCACAACAAAGGCACAAAGUGUGUUGUUAUAACAAGUUCUGAAUUGGGAAAAGAUAAUACAUUGGUUGCAUUGGGUAGUUUUUGUAAUUUUGGAUUAUCAGGUAAUUAGUUUGCCUCCAAGGAUUUAAGACUACAGGCCCCGACACACACCGGACGCGAUUCGACAAUGUGGCAUGAUUUUUUAUUUUCACUGACUUUGAAAAAUUGUACCACAUUGUCGAAUCGCGCCCGGUGUGUCUCAGCCUUAAUUCUUGAGCACAAUAGACAUUUUAACAAAAACUACUACUUUGGGAUAAUUAAAUCUGUAUUCUCGUUUUAUUAAGGCAAUAACCAUAAGUUGUGCAUAAGAAUGGAAAUUCCAAAGCUACCAGCAGUUUUUACUGGAACUGGUGAUUUAUUUGCAAGUUUGUUGCUUGUUUGGAUGCAAAAACAUCCAAAUGAUUUAAAACUUGCUUGCGAGAAAACCAUGUCUGCUGUCCAAGCUGUGUUAAAACGUACAUUGCAAGAGGCCCAAGGUGUGUGGAACAUGUUUUGUUUGAAAGUCACUAAGCAUUCUUGUUUUGAAAUGUGUUAUUAUUUUACAUUUGUUUAGAACUAGCAGGACCAGACAACAAACCAAACAGCGCCCAAAUUGAACUACGUCUGAUUAAAAGUAUGAAUGAUUUGCUCAAUCCUCAGGUAGAUUACAAAGCUACUAUAGUAAAAUUUUAAUAUUUUAUAUUUAAAUAGCAAUUAUAUAAAUUAAGGAAUAUUAAGCCAUCUAGAAUUUUGGUUAAAUCAUACACAAUUAUUAUACACAUUAUCACAAUGGUAUUAUUACAAAUCACACAUAUAUAUGGUGGUCAUGCAGACUGUGGAUUAUUAGAUUUUUAAAUUAUUUACAUAAAACUAAAAUUCAUAUGCUGGUAUGAUACAUAUUUUUGAAUAAAUUUUAGGAAAUAAUGAAAUCAGGAAGUGAAUGGGUAUUGAUUGUUGUGCUCAAUGAAAUUAAAAUUUGCAGCAAUGUAAAAUUUAGGCAUGCUUGGAUAUAAUUUUUCAGUUAAAACAAUUGGUUAAAAAUCAUAAGGUUGUCUCUCGAUCUGUAUGAUUAUAACCAUUUCUAAGCAAACUAGUUUUAACAUCAUGCAAUAUUUUCUCUUCAUCUGAUGACUCCGACUCAAGAUCGUCAUUACCUCUCAAUAUUGUCUGAACAGUUCCAUCAUCAUCAGGUUCUUGGCCAAUUUCUACAAAAUAUUUGAUCAGUUUAGGUGUGAUGCACUCCAAUGGUGCUCCAGUUUGUUAUUUUACUGUAUCUAAUACCAUACGAUUUUACUAGUCAGGGGAAAGUGUUAGACAUUAAUUCAAUUGUUAAUCAAAUUUCUGGCCAUUCAGCCGAAUGCCUUACUGCACCGUAUGUUGUCAUUUUCCUAUAA